AUGGUGCAAAUCAGCGAGGUUAAGGGCAACAAUCGCGAAAAUCGUACCGCCGCUCACACCCACAUCAAAGGAUUGGGCCUCAGGUCCGAUGGAACAGCCGAGAAGCAAGCCGGUGGCUUCGUAGGCCAACAGCAAGCCCGAGAGGCUGCUGGCGUCGUUGUCGACCUUAUUCGCGCUUCGAAGAUGGCUGGCCGUGGUGUAUUACUUGCGGGUGGACCUGGAACCGGAAAGACGGCGUUGGCUCUUGCGCUUAGCCACGAACUCGGCACCAAGAUUCCCUUUUGUCCUAUUGUCGGAAGCGAGAUUUACUCAACCGAAGUGAAGAAGACCGAAGUAUUGAUGGAGAACUUCCGAAGAGCUAUAGGAUUGAAAGUUCGCGAGACGAAAGAGGUUUACGAGGGUGAAGUCACAGAGCUCACACCGGAAGAGGCAGAGAACCCGCUUGGUGGUUAUGGAAAGACUAUCAGCACGCUGCUGAUAGGGUUGAAGAGCGCAAGGGGCCAGAAGAAGCUCAGACUAGACCCGAGCAUUUAUGAAGCGAUCCAGAAGGAGAGAGUUACCGUUGGAGAUGUUAUCUACAUUGAGGCGAACACAGGCGCCUGCAAAAGAGUCGGUCGAUCAGACGCAUACGCUACGGAAUUCGAUCUCGAAGCAGAAGAAUAUGUUCCUAUCCCCAAGGGCGAGGUGCACAAGAAGAAGGAGAUAGUGCAAGAUGUUACCCUUCACGACCUGGACGUUGCCAACGCCCGACCUCAAGGUGGCCAGGAUAUUAUGAGCAUGAUGGGCCAACUUAUGAAGCCCAAGAUGACGGAGAUCACAGAGAAGCUACGAGACGAGAUCAACAAAGUCGUCAGUAAAUACAUUGAUCAGGGAGUAGCUGAGCUUGUUCCUGGUGUCUUAUUCAUCGACGAGGCGCACAUGCUCGAUAUCGAGUGUUUUACGUAUCUCAACCGAGCGUUAGAGUCAUCAAUCUCACCUAUUGUUGUGCUUGCUUCGAACCGUGGAAUGUGCACCAUCCGUGGUACGGAUGGUGUUGUUGCCGCACAUGGCAUUCCCCCAGACUUCCUAGCCCGACUCCUCAUUAUCCCUACCACGCCAUAUGAGGCCGACGAGAUCAAGCGAAUUGUACGCAUCCGAGCAGCAACCGAAGGUGUGCAGAUCACGGAUGCUGCAAUUGACAAGAUUGCAGAGCACGGCGUGCGAAUCAGUCUCAGAUACUGUCUUCAGUUAUUGACCCCUGCGAGCAUUCUUGCUCGAGUCAAUGGUCGCAGUCAGAUAGAUGUCAAAGAUGUUGCAGAGUGCGAAGAGCUUUUCCUCGAUGCACGACGGAGUGCCGAUCUAUUGAGCGGCGAAACAGGACGUGGGUUUAUCUCAUAA